AUGGGGGACAAAACCCUUACUGUCAGACGAGCAAACCAGGGGGCAUCUCAGCCUAGACCAGAGCAGGAAAGUAUCCUAUUACAGGCACAGCAACAGGUGCAGUUACAGAAACUUGUGUAUCAAGUUGGAGCACUGCCUACAAAGGUUGUUUGCCUCACCCAGGUGGUAAGUGCAGAUGAAUUGAAAGAUGAAGAGUAUGAGGACAUUAUUGAAGACAUGAGGCUAGAAGCAGGCAAAUACGGAAAUUUGGUGAAAGUUGUGAUCCCACGUCCUGACCCCAGUGGACAGCCAGUUGCAGGAGUUGGAAAGGUGUUCCUGGAAUAUGCAGAUGUUGAUGGUGCUGCCAAAGCAAAGACGGCAUUGCACGGAAGGAAAUUCGGUGGGAAACCCGUGGUUGCGGUUUGCUACGCGGAGGACAAAUUUGCCAAUGAGGAAUACGAUGGAUAA